UUUUAAUCGGGAAUUUUAGCCUUGAAACUUUGACCCCAAAAUUUGCUUUAAAAGGAGUGACUUUAAUAAAACAUAACCAUAGAGGCAUUUACGUGCCAUACUGUAAAACUAACGCAAUCUAUGGAGAAGCAAAUCACCAACGACAAAGGAGACUUCCUGGACUCAGGUAUCAGUUCCAUCAACUCCGUGAUCAUUCCCGCCGUAGGCCAGCCUACCCAGCUCUGGGAAAGUGCUGGCGCUGGCGGUGAAUCCCCACCACAUUUUGGGUACUACAAUGCUCGCCACGACGACCGUUCCGUGCACUCGAGCAGGUCAGAUUUCCACUUGUCCAGAUCCAAUUCAGCACACUCCGGAGCGUUCUCCCAGAUGCUCACACUGGUUAUUGAUGCGAUCAGAGAUGACAAUUUGAUUACCGAGCAACUGAAGUUUUCCGAUGAAGUCAUCAUUCCCGGAACAGAGUUGAGUAUGAUCCAGCGCGAGGUUUCGCGACAAGCUACAAACGUAUCAUUCCGGGAUGAAGCUUCUAUUAGCACGGGGGCUUCCCGUCGUUGCCACCCUUCAUUCCCAUCUACAGAUCCUGAAGAAGUGCAGCAUAAACUCCAUGAAAUUGAGGAGCAUGCGGAUGAAGACGAUCCCACUGGUGGGGCACCGGACGGAGGGUACUCCUGGGUUAUUGCUGGUUGUGCCUGUGCCCUUGGGAUUUCGACCUGGGGUGCCAAUGCAUCCUAUGGCGUUUUUCUCAACUACUUUAUUUCCCAAGACUACUUCCCAGGUGCUACCGAUUUUGACUUUGCCAUAAUUGGGGGGUUGAGUGUAGGAAUAUCGCAGAUCUUUGCGCCGUUUGUGUUCGUCUUUGUGUCCUACUUGGGCUUGAAACCGACCAUGAUUCUCGGGGUGGUGCUCCAAACCGUGGGGUACCUCUUGGCUGGUUUUGUCACCAAGCUCUGGCAACUCUACUUGACGCAGGGUCUUCUUGUGGGGUUGUCCUUCUCGUUAAUUUUCACCUCUUCGGUGGCUAUUUUGCCAAACUGGUUUUACUAUAAACGGUCGAUCGCAGCUGGCAUCACCUUCAGUGGGACUGGAAUUGGUGGUCUUGUCUUUUCGCUCUCCUCCGAAAAACUCAUGCAACAGACGGGAGGUCAAAAGUGGCCCUAUAUCAUGGUAGGAAUCGUAACGUGUGUGGGGUGCUCUAUCUGCAUCUUGCUCGUGCAAGAACACCCAAAGGCCUCGCCAAGAUACAAGUCCAAGCAGACAGGACGCCCGGCCCUCCUGGAGGUGAUCAAAGUGGUGUGUAACCCGCGCAUCGUCUUACACAAAGAGGUCAGUUAUGUCAGCGUUUGGUUCACCUUUUGCGAUGUCUCCUACGUUAUUCUCUUGUUUUCCAUGUCCGCGUAUGCCACGUCUCUUGGCUUGACCCAUAAACAGGGCUCCAACGCUACCGCGAUCAUGAAUGUUGGACAGUUAGUUGGACGGCCUUGCAUGGGUCACUUUUCCGACAAGUUCGGAAGGAUCAACUUCAGUAUCUGCACUUCCAUCUUUGUCGGAGUCUUGGUCUUGGUUUAUUGGAUCAAUGCUACUACUUAUGGCAGCUUGAUGGGCUUUGCGUUCUUGUGUGGCUGCACAUUGGGUAUUGCUUCUGUCAACUGUCAGCCGUUGGCCGUUGAUGCGUCGGGUUUGGAGUUAUUCCCUGCAGCGUUCAGUUAUUUGAAUAUGAUGGUGGCUGCUCCAACUACGUUUGCUGAGGUUAUUGCCUUGCGCUUGAGAAAACCAGACUCUGCCAAGCCGUUUUUGUACUGCCAGAUUCUUGUCGGCUGUCUUUUCUUAGUGGGGUGUUUGUUCUUAUUCUUGUUGCGUGAAUCGAACAUUAGCCAGUUACUUGCUGAGCGCAAGGCGAUUAUCGAAGGGAAAAUGCGCAAGCACUAUUCUGGAUACGGAAGCGGAGAAUCCAAAUCUCAAAUGUCCCAGGAAGAGGUAGCUGUAAAUGAAAAGAGAAUACACAAGUAUGAGUACUUGAUGAAGCCAGGGUUCAAGGGCUAUUUUACCCGUAUGCUUUACCCAAUCAAGGCAUAAUGGAUAUAUUUAACGAGUCAUGAUGAGCAAUAUAUAGCACUUGCGUGCAUAGCAGGGUAACUUUCGAAAGGGGUGUACGAAUUCAAUGAUAAUGGGUUUUAACUAAGUUAAAGAGGUACAUUUUUGGUUUAUAUGCUACUUUAUAUAUCCUCGACCCUGGAAAGCUCCUAAAUAUGUAGCUUCUCUCACGAUAUGAAAUCCCCUAGCGUGAAAUGACGGCCUUAUAGCUUUACUAUGAGGCGAUCAUAAAGAGCACUAACUUAGACACAUACAGGUAGUUAUAAGAAAACUAGCACUAGCAUCGUCAGUCAAUUGCAAUUAGUCAUGGUUCCUCCAGAUUUGAAGUUUAAGGGGCUGUAAAAAACCAAAUCCCAUGUUUCAGGCGUAUCCUCCAAUAAAUAAGGGAGGUGAGAAUAGUGA